UUAAACUUAACCUACAAUUUAUAUGAAAAAAGACUGAUAUUUAAAAGUUUUAAAUGUGAUUAAUGUGUUUUUAUUUUAAUUAGUUAAUAUGAAACAAGAUGCCAAAGUGUUCCUUAUAUUGAUAUUUAUUCGGUUGUUAUCUGUGUAUAUUGUUAAAACAUGGUUUGUACCUGAUGAGUAUUGGCAAUCUUUAGAAGUUGCUCAUAGAUUGGUUUUUAAUUACGGUUAUUUAACUUGGGAAUGGACUCUAGGCAUAAGGAGCUACGUCUAUCCUUUACUAAUUGCUAUACUUUAUAAAAUCCUUCAAGUUUUGAGUGUGGACUUCCCUACUGCCAUUGUAAUGGGCCCACGAAUAUUGCAAGCUGUAUUAAGUGCAUAUUCAGAUCUUUGUUUAUAUAGAUGGACUAAUAGAAAAAAUUGGGCUUUAUUUUUGAUUGUAUUUUCUUGGUUCUGGUUUUAUUGUGCUUCCAGAACCUUAAUUAAUACAUUUGAAACAUGUUUAACUACAAUUGCACUGACAUUAUUUCCUUGGGAUGAGAAAAACCGUGGUAAUUACCAUGGAGAAAUAACGAAACCCAAUUGUUCAGUCCCAGGAAAUUACAAAUUUGUAUUUCUUGUUGGAAUACUUUGUGUUGUCAGACCUACUGCAGCUAUCCAGUGGUUUCCAUUGUGUGUUUAUCACCUUUAUUUAUCAAAAGAAAGUGCUUUCUUCAUUAUUUGGAAGCAGUACAUCCCAAUUGGAUCUUUGGUCCUACUUUUAUCAAUAGCAAUUGAUAGUGUUUUACAUGGUUCUUUUAUAAUAACAAGCUUUGAAUUUUUAAAAUUUAAUAUCAUAAAAGACAUUGCAACUUUUUAUGGAGUUCACCCUUGGUAUUGGUACUUAUCAUCAGGACUUCCCACUUUAUUGGGCAUUCAAAUUUUUCCUUUUAUACUUGCAGUAGUUCAUAUACUAAGAAAUAGAUAUAUUUAUCCUAAAGAACUUAUACUUUUGGCUUGUAUUGUCUUUACUGUAGGUGUUUACAGUAUUUUACCCCACAAAGAGUUUAGGUUUAUAUUACCACUUUUACCGAUAAUGCUUUAUAUAAACUCUAACUACUUAUCACAAUGGAGCCGUAAAAAAGAUAAAAAAGUUAUUUGGUUGGUAGUAGGAACCAUUUUCGUCAGCAAUUUAAUACCAGCUUUAUAUUUAAGCUGUGUCCAUCAAAGUGGGACAAUAGAUGUGAUGCUCCCUUUAAGAAAUUUAGCUUUAAAAAAUCCAAAAACUUCCAAUUUUUUAUUCCUAAUGCCUUGCCAUUCAACUCCUUUAUAUAGUCAUUUACAUGUAAAUGUCUCAACAAGGUUCUUAACAUGUGAACCGAAUUUAAAGAAAUCGGUUACUUAUAUUGAUGAAACCGAAAAUUUUUAUAAAAACCCGAAUAAAUGGCUAAGGGAUGAAUACCCUCCAAAAGGACCUCUUCCAUCACAUAUUGUAGCUUUCGAUGUUUUAGUACCAUUUAUUAAAGAUAUUUUAAGCAGAUACAAUUUAAUUUAUAAAAUUUUCCAUACUCAUGUUCCUAUAGAAGAAAAAAUUGGGACCUACGUAAUGAUUUACGAACUUAUAAAUUUUUAGUAAAACUCCUUCUAAUUUAGA